AUGGGAGUUAUAUCUUUGAAUGUUAUAUGGGCACCAAAAAAUAAUGAACAAUCUUCGAUAAAGAAGACGAUGCAAUUCGACCCGUCGACACUUGUUUUUGAUGCUUGUAAAAUUAUACGCGAAAAAAUUGUAGGAAAUAAUAUUAAUCCAAAAGAGUUUGGUUUGUUCCGUCUUGAGGAUGAUCCAACCAAAUGCGUUUGGAUGGAAAACGGUCGAACCCUUGAGUAUUAUCUCGUAAGAAAUGGGGAUACAGUUGAAUAUAAAAAAAAAAUUCGUGCUCUAAAGGUUCGAAUGUUAGAUGAAGCUGUAAAAACGGUAAUGGUCGAUGAAAGUCAACCAGUAGGUGAAUUAAUGGUGGUCAUUUGUUCGAAAAUUGGUAUAAGUAAUCACGAAGAAUAUUCAAUGGUGCGUCAAUCACUGGAUCACGAUUGGCGUUCGUCAUUGACCUUAAAAGACGAAAGGCGUGGAAAAAGCGAGGAGCGAGGACUUGGGUUUGGAACAUUAGGAAGAAAUAAAGAGAAAAAAAUGGAACAAUUACGAGCUAAGCUUCACACUGACGAAGAGCUUUUAUGGCUUGAUCAUGGAAAAACUCUUCGAGAACAAUCGAUUGGUGAUGACGAAAUUUUAAUAUUGAGAAGAAAAUACUUUUUCUCUGAUACAAAUGUGGAUUGUCGCGAUCCAGUUCAAUUAAAUCUGUUAUACGAACAAUGUAAAGUAGGUGUACUUCAAGGUAAUCAUCCAGUUACUCGAGAUAUGGCUUGUGAUUUAGCUGCACUACAAUGUCAAAUACAAUACGGCGAUUUACAAGAAAGUCGACAGAAAAGUGCAAGUUUUCUUGACCUCCGUGAACUUCUACCGAAAGAAUAUGUAAAAUCCAGAGAUAAUGAAAAAAAAAUAGUUGAAGCAUAUAGAGAGUUAGCCGGUAAAAGUGAAUUGGAUGCAAAAAGAAAAAAUAAGUUGGUUCCACGGCUUCUUGGUGUUAAUAAGGAAUGUGUUAUGCGAGUUGAUGAAAAAACGAAAGAAGUCCUGCAAGAAUGGCCACUGGAACAGGUUCGGCGUUGGGCUGCAUCUCCCAAAACUUUUACUCUCGAUUUUGGAGAUUAUCAAGAUGGUUAUUAUUCAGUGCAAACUGCUGAUGGUGAAAAAAUAGCCCAAUUGAUCGCAGGAUACAUAGAUAUAAUUAUUAAGAAAAAAAGAACACGUGAUCACUUUGGAAUUGAGGGUGAUGAAGGAUCAACCAUGCUUGAAGAUGUUGUUGCCCCGGCUAGAGCUACUCUAGUUGCUCAUGGACAAAUUGGCGAAGGUUUUGCAGUGGAGAGCAAUGUAGCCAUACCAGGAGUUUUAAGAACUUCCAUCGAGCCUUCAAGUGGACAGAGAUCAGCUAUGAAUGGUGCCCAUUACGGAGCGGUCAGUGGGCAAAUUCUGCAACAACAAAUUUCUCGAGGCCAACAUGCGCAAAUCGUUGAUUCACAAGAAAGGGCACAACGAGCUUUAAUUGGUACAAUUGAAGCUUCAAUUAAAGCUGUUGAAAAAGCUGAAGAAGAGAUAGAGAAGCCUGUAGAAAUUGAAAUACCUCGACUUACAACUGACCCUGCAUCGCGGAGAUGGGUUGAAACUAAAGUGGAAGUGGAAAAACAAAAAGUUGGAGAUCAACUUGCGCAAAUGGGCGCAGCUACUGCUCAAGUUGUUCAAUUAACAGCUGUGCCAGAUGAGAUUGAUUCAAAAGUAGGGACUGCUAUCGCCACAAUUGGCUCGAAUAUGCCGGAAAUGGGUCGUGGUGUACGCGAAUUGGCAGCCCUAUUGCCUGAUGAGAGAAAAGCUGGUGAUCUUAUUGAUGCGACUCGCAAGCUCUGUGGUGCCUUUUCGGACUUUUUACAUACUGUUAAUCCUGAACAUGAAGAAAAACGAACAACCGUACUGGCUGCAGCAGGUCGUGUUGGUGAUUUUUCACAGGCGGUGAUUAAUACUCUCGAAGAACCAACCCAAGAAGUUAAAGUAUUCCAUGAUCACCUAGUGCAACGCGCAAAGAAUGUUGCUACUUCCACGGCGCAGCUGGUUUUGAGAGCAAAGACAAUAUCGGCUGAAUGUGAAGAGCCUGCUUUGCAAGACAAAGUAAUUCACAGUGCUACUCAAUGUGCAUUUGCAACUUCUCAACUUGUUGCUUGUGCCCGUGUUGUCGCUCCAACGAUUGAUUCACCUGCUUGUCAAGAACAACUUACAAGCGCAGCUAAACAAGUUACUCGUGCUGUUGAGGAAUUGUUGGUGGAUGCACAAGCGGCUUGCAGUAAAAGUAGUGGUGACGGUAAACGCUCUUUCGGUGAUAUACAUGGUGCUGCCAGACAGGUUACUAUUGCUCUGGAUGAUCUUCUUUCACAUGUUAAGACAUCGCCGAAGUUAAUUAAAACUACUAAGGAAGAAUACGAAGAAUUCGAGCAAGUUUUAAGUCAGUCGAGGCGAAUCAUCACUCAUCAGGGUCCACCGGAAGAUAUGAUUCGUCAAGGUGAAAGUGCAAUUCGUCAUAGUCGGAUUUUGGUUGAGCAAAUGGAGGCUGAAGCUGUGCGAGCUCCCGAACAACGUGAUCGUUUGCUUGAAGCAGCCCGUUCUGUGGCCCAGGCAACAAGCAGAAUGAUCGAUGCUACUAAGGAAUGUCAGAUCCGUCCACAUGCCGCCGAGUCUCAGGUUGCCUUACGAACUGCAGCUGAAAAAUUAGUAACAGUAACUAGUGAAGCCACUAGCGACCAACAAUCCAAAAGAACUAUGGAACACCUUGAACAAGCAGCGAAACAAACAGCUGCUGCAGCUACUCAAAUGAUUGCUGCAGCAAAUGCUUCUCAACAAUAUAUUGAAUCUCGUACUGUCACUGAAACUUUAGUAGUUGAAUGUACUGAAACUGCUGAGCAUGUACCACGCUUAAUUGCUUCAAUUCGUGAAAGUCAAGCAGCAAAGAUUCCAAGUGAAAAAUUUCGCGCUCAAAGCAAUUUGAUAAAGAACACAACCCAGGUGCUACAACCUGCAACGCGCUUAGUAGAAAUUGCGCGACAGACAGUACCAUCAGUUCCUGAUCAGCAUGUUGCCAGUCAUCUACAGUCAACCAGUCAACAACUUUCUACUCAACUCGCCGAACUACGAGUAGCAUUAAAUAAUGCGCAACAACUUAAUUUUGAAAUGCAGCUAGCCCAUACUGAAGAUCUGAUCAAAGAGCUAGAUAAUGAACUGAUUCAAAUUGGUCGUGCUGCUCAAAAUGCUCAACUUACUGCCGUACCUGGCGAAUCAGCCGAAAAUGCAACAUCGAAAUUGAUGGGUGCUGCUCGUCAAGUUGGAUCAACCUUGACUCAGAUGGUUAGUGCAGCCACCAGUGGUGAUCGACAACAUAUUGGUGCAAGUGCUAUGCAAGCAGCUCAAUCGCUGCGUACAUUUACCUCUGCUGUUCAUGGUGUUUGUGCAACUAGAAGAGAUACACCUUUUGAUAGAUUUAUUGUAAAUGCUCGAUCUGUUGUUCAUGAUUCGGGCCGUAUAUUCGAUCGUGUUCGUGAACAUGGCACAUCUUCUCAGCUAAAUGAAGCCAUGAAAACUGUUUCAGUUUCACUUCGUCAAUGCCUUUCUUGCCUUCCUGACAAUCAGCAUGUUGAGCGAGCUGUUACUCAAUUGAAAACAUUCCGUGUUUCGGAAGUAUCGCAAACUGUUGAUUUGCGUGGAGCUGCUUCACGCUUAAUUGAAGCCUGUUCAGAACUAGCUGUAAAAUUACAUGCACCUGAGCAAGCUGCUGCGGUAGAUAUUUUCGUUAGAUCUUAUACAGAUUUCCAUACAGCCGUUUCACAAGCUGUUCGUCAACAACCAGAUAUGCUACAGCGUCAAAAAUGUGUUACGUAUUUGGAAACCAUUCGUGAAGAAGCGGUAAAUGUCAUCGUUCGCACGCAUGCCGCAUCAAUGGAUACUGAUAAUGCUGCUGUUCUUCAAGCACUUUCUCAAUCAACACGGUCGUUAACUGAUUCAGUUAAUGCAAUUGUGGAAAAUGUUGGCCGUGAAGCACCCUGGCAACGUGAAUGUGAUGCAGCUCUUCGUCAGAUUCAAUCAGUACGACAUAUUUUCACGAGGUCAACGUUACCUGUGAACAAUGAAGGAUAUUAUGAAAGUUUGGAUACGGUGACGGAACAGGCUAAAAGAUUAGGAGAAGGUAUGACUGGGAUUGCACGAAAUGCCAAAGGACAGGAUACGCAUGCUCUCUGUGACAGUGUAAGAGUUGCGGCAAAUGCUAUAUGCUCAUUAGCAGAAGGCGCUGCUCAGAGUGCGUACUUAGUUGGUGUGGCAGAUCCAAAGAGUCAACAUGGGCAAAGAGCAAUAAUAGAUAGUGCUAAAUGUGAUCGAUCCAUACAAAUUGUAAAACAAAUAUGUGAAAGAAUACGAAGCGGUGAUUAUACGCAGCAACAAAUCCUUGAUGAUGCAACAGUUAUUGCAAAGCACACUUCAGCACUGGCGAAUUUGUGUCGAGAAGCUUCAGAAAACACUUCGAAUGUUAAUCUCAAGAAGCAAUUCAUAAAUUGCGCUCGUGAUGUUGCUUCUUCUACGGCUUCGUUAAUCACUGCAGUUAAGCAGCUGGAUAGUUCAUUUACAGAAAAGAAUAGAAAGGAAUGUACAGAAGCUGCAACAUCGUUAACAAUUGCAGCUGACCAGCUUGAAGUAUUUGUCGAUAAUCCAGAUUUCGCUGCAGUUCCAGCUAAAAUAUCUGCAUCUGGUGAAAAGGCUCAAAAACCUAUCCUAGCAUUUGGCAGUGAGAUGCUUGAUGCUAGUUAUGAGAUGAUUACUACCGCCAAACAUUUGGCCGCCUCACCUACUGAUUCAUCCACAUGGCAACGACUUGCUGAUAAUUCCAAAGUUGUAAGUGAGAGUAUCAAGAGUCUUGUAUCAGCUAUACGUGAACAGGCGCCUGGCCAGGGAGAUCUUGACAAUGCAGUUACAAGAUUACGGCAAAUGCUUUCACAAAUUGAUCGGUGUGCUCUUGAUGCUUAUCAAGAUCGGCUUCCGAGAAGUACAGUUACAGAGCAAAGAGUGCACCAGCAGAUUCUUCAUUCUUGUCAAUCAGUUUAUGAUAGGAUUCAACCGUUAUGCGAAGCAGCUACUGGGCAUUCUGAAAGUCUUGGUCGCACGGUACGUGAACAUAUGGUUGCUAUUGAGCCGCUAGUCAAGUCUGCCAUUGAUGCAGCUUCAGCUACUUAUGACACUAAGUCGCAGAAUAUCAUUUUUGAACAGUGCAAGACAAUAAUUGAGGCGGAAUUGCAAAUGGUAUAUGCCUGUAAGGAUGCCGGCGGCAAUCCUAAAGCUCAUGAACUACACGGUGUUGUUGAAGAAAGUGCUCGGCAAUUAAAAGAAGCGUUAGGAGAUAUGCAAAGGCACAUCAAUCAUCUAGCAUCAGAAGCAGGUGUAAUACAUGGAGUUGUUGAAACGAUUUCACGAUCAAUUGCAUUAACUGACGAAAGUAGCUCGCAGUUGGCUGGUUCUUUUGCCGAUGCGCAAACAAACAUGAUUAAUUUAUUAGAAGAAAUUUCACGUAUUGCUACAGACAUGCCAAUUAUUUCUCCGGAAUCACUUGGUGCUUCAGCCUUAACACUUUCUGAACGCUAUGCAGAUCUGGCAUCUGAAUCGCGCCUGGCCAUCGCUACGUUAUCAUCACCAAAUCUAGCUCAAAAACUCCGAGUAGCUGUGCAAAAAUUGGGAACUGCUUGUAUAGAACUGGUUAAAAUUGCUGGAAAACGCAGGGCCACCCCUAAUGACCAUAAAUUGUUGGAUGAUCUUUCUUAUGGAUCACAUAUUGUUGUUGAACGUAUUCAGGAAAUUUUAGCUACGCUUCAUGAAGGUUCAAAAGGAACACAAGCAUGUAUUAAUGCCGCCAACACUGUAUCUGGUAUUAUCGGUGAUUUGGAUACAACAAUAAUGUUUGCAACAGCAGGUUCAUUGAAUCCGCAAAAAGGAACAGAAAAGUUUGGAGAACACAGAGAAGCUAUUCUGAAAACAGCCAAGGCCUUAGUUGAAGAUACAAAAGCACUUGUGGCCGGAGCUGCUUCAAAUCAGGAACAGUUAGCUGUAGCGGCUCAAAAUGCGGUUCGAACCAUUGUCAAUCUUUCCGAUGCCGUGAAAAACGGUGCAGUAUCUUUGUCUUCAGAUAAUGCAGAAGCUCAAGUGAUGAUUAUUCACGCAGUACGUGACGUAGCUGCAGCAUUAUCGAAUCUUAUACAAGCAACGAAGAAUGCUUCAGGGCGUUCUUUACACGAUCCAGCAAUGAACAAUUUGAAGGAAGCGGCAAAGAUUAUGGUAACUAAUGUGACAUCAUUGCUCAAAACUGUUAAGACAGUUGAAGAUGAACAUCAACGAGGCACACGUGCUCUCGAAGCAGCGAUUGAGGCCAUUGGGCAAGAAAUUAGAGCCUAUGAUAGUGGUGAAGCUCCUUCGAGAGGAACUGCAACUGCUGAAGAUGUAAUUCGAUCUACAAAAAAUUUGACUGCAUCUACUUCUCGAGUGGCCGCAGCAGCACAGACACUACUUCAAAAUGAUAUUAUCGCUGCCGCCAAUCUAGCUCGGCAAGCUGUUUGUGAAUUAUUGGCCACAACUCGAGCAGCUGCACAAACUGCAGAUUCUGUUGAUGCUAGAUAUCGUACCUUAGACUGCGGAAGAGAAGUUGCUACGCAAGUGAGGGCUUUGCUUAUCAAUCUGCAGAAUUUGUUGUCGCGUUCCGGUGAUCAAUUUGCUCGUAAUGCUCUUCUUGAAACGUCUAGAAAUAUUGCCAAAGUUGUUGCCGAGCUCGUGAAUUGUGGCGAAUUAUUAAAUGACGAUUUGUCAGAUCCCUCCGAUCCUACUGUUAUAGCUGAAAAUGAACUUCUUGGUGCAGCCAAUUCGAUCGAAUCUGCAUCGGUAAAAUUAGCUCAGUUGAAACCACGACAGAUUCAUAAAGUCGAUGAAUCAUUAACGUUCGAUGAACAAAUUCUUGCAGCUGCUAAAUCGAUAGCGACAGCUGUGCAAACUCUUGUUAAAGCCGCUUCAGCAGCUCAGAGAGAACUAGUUGCUCAGGGAAGAUUGGAAGAGCGCCCGAUAUUUGCUUCUGAUGACUAUCAGUGGUCUGAAGGGCUAAUUUCUGCGGCUCGUGUAGUUGCUGCAGCCGUACAUCAGUUAUGCGAGGCAGCAAAUGCUCUUGUUCAAGGCCACUCCUCAGAAGAAAAAUUGAUAUCGGCCGCUAAACAAGUUGCAUCAUCAACUGCUCAUUUACUCGUUGCAUGUAAAGUGAAAUCUGACCUAGAUAGUCGGGCAAUGCAACGAUUGCAAAGUGCAGGUCAUGCGGUGAAAACAGCCACUGAACAUCUAGUAAUGGCGGCUCGCUCAGCCAUUCAUGAAGAUGAACGUACGCUAGUUAUAUCACAAAGAAUGGUUUCUGGCAUUGCUCAAGUCAUGGAUGCCCAAGAACAAGUUCUUCGAAAAGAACGAGAAUUAACGGAAGCACGUGGAAUGUUAGCAGCUCUAAAUAAAGCGAGAUAUGAACGCGGUAUGUCUCCUACAGCUGAAUAA